AUGACCAAGUCCAGUGAAUCGAAUCGAGAUAUUUAUUACCGCAAGGCCAAGGAAGUAGGUUUUCGUGCGCGUUCGGCGUUCAAGUUGCUGCAAUUGGACGAGCAAUUUGACUUUCUGCGGAAUGUACAGCGUGCCGUGGACUUGUGUGCAGCACCUGGAAGUUGGAGCCAAGUGCUAAGUCGUAAGCUGUACGACAACAGCAAUGCGCAGAGCGUUGACACUUACGAUGUGCGUAUCGUAUCGGUGGAUCUACAGGAGAUGGCGCCGAUCGCAGGUGUAGAGCUGCUCCAGGGCGACAUCACAUCCAAACGUACGGCCGAGCAGAUAAUCAGCCACUUUCACGGUGCAAAGGCCCAAUUGGUUGUGAGCGACGGCGCACCCGACGUUACAGGAGUGCACGAUAUUGACGAGUUCGUGCAGGCGGAGUUGCUCGCUGCGGCGCUCAACAUUACCACUCAUGUGCUGGAAGAAGGCGGCGCUUUUGUGGCUAAGAUUUUUCGCUGUGAGCAGUACGAUUUGCUGGCUACGCAGCUUAGCGUUUUCUUCGAAAAUGUGUCGUGCUCUAAACCUAUGAGCAGUCGCGCGCAGAGCAAUGAGGCGUUUGUAGUGUGUCAAGGAUUCCGGAUCCCAGCGAACUAUGUGCCUGUGAUGACGUCGUAUUUGCUCCCGCAGUACGGACUUAAGAACGGUGAAAAACACGAUCCGCUGCUUGUGCCGUUUCUUGCGUGUGGAGACCUGUCAGGAUACGACGCAAUACAACAAUUCUAUUAA